UUCAAACUUGGGAGCUCCCCCUCUUUUUUAACGCCGCCGCUCCCCGACCCUCGCGCACCUCACUUCCCUCCUUCAGUUACCACUGCUCUGCUCCGCUCGGCCUGGUUUGGAGCGCGCGCCGCCGCUUAGCGAGGUCUGCUCUCUCUUUCCCGGCAGGCGGGGUCGCAGGUGGGCUGCGAAUUCCGGGGGAUGGGCAAGGCGUCGAGGUGGUUCCGCAGCUUGCUAGGCGGGGGAGGGAGGAAGGACCAGCAGAGGCGGGCGUCCACCGCGCCGGCGCCGGGGAGCGCGGCUUGCGCGCCGCCCGCGGACAGGAAGCGCUGGAGCUUCGCGAGGUCGUCGCGGGACUCUUCGGAGGCCGCGGCGGCGGCGGCAGAUAGGGCGAAGGAGACCGAGGGGUCCGUGAGGGGCGGCGGCAACGCGGCGAUCGCGCGGGCGGCGGAGGCGGCGUGGCUCAAGUCGCUCUACAGCGACACGGAGCGGGAGCAGAGCAAGCACGCCAUCGCGGUCGCCGCGGCCACCGCGGCCGCGGCGGACGCGGCCGUGGCCGCCGCGCAGGCCGCCGUCGAGGUCGUGCGCCUCACCAGCCAGGGCCCCGGCUUCGGCGGCGGCGGGGGCGCCGUGCUGGACCCCCGUGGCCGCGCCGGCGCCGCAGUCAAGAUCCAGACGGCAUUCAGAGGCUUCCUGGCGAAGAAGGCGCUGAGGGCGCUCAAAGCUCUAGUGAAGCUGCAGGCGCUGGUGCGCGGUUACCUGGUGCGGAAGCAGGCGGCGGCCGCGCUGCAGAGCAUGCAUGCGCUCGUCCGGGCUCAGGCCGCAGUCCGCGCCGCGCGCGGCCGCGCCGUGCCACAGCUCCCACCGCUCCACAGCCACCCUCCCGUCCGGCCGCGCUUCUCACUGCAAGAGCGGUACGCGGACGACACGCGGAGCGAGCACGGCGUGGCGGCGUACAGCCGGCGCCUGUCGGCGAGCAUCGAGUCGGCGUCCUACGGCGGGUACGACCGGAGCCCCAAGAUCGUGGAGAUGGACACCGGGCGUCCCCGGUCGCGCGCGUCGUCCCUGCGCACCGUCGACGACGAGUGGUGGGCGGCGCAGUCGGUGUCGUCGCCGCUGCUGCCAUGCGGCCUCCCCGGCGGCGCGGCGCCCCCGCGCAUCGCGGUGCCGAGCUCGCGCCACUUCCCGGACUACGAGUGGUGCGCGCCGGAGAAGCCCCGGCCGGCGACGGCGCAGUGCACGCCCCGGUGCGCCGCCCCGUACCUCGCGCCGCCGACCCCUGCCAAGAGCGUGUGCGGCGGCAGCGGCAGCGCGGGCGCCGGCAUCUACCUCGCGUCGCCCAACUGCCCCGGGUACAUGUCGAGCACGCAGUCGUCGGAGGCCAAGUCCCGGUCGCAGAGCGCGCCGAAGCAGCGGCCGGAGCAGCAGCCGCGGAAGCGGGUGCCGCUGAGCGAGGUGGUCCUGGAGCCCCGCGCGAGCCUGAGCGGCGUGGGCAUGCAGAAGCCGUGCGGCCGCGCGGCGCUGGAGGCGUUCGACUUCCGCGCCGCCGUGGUGAGCCGCUUCGAGCGGCCGCCGGACAGCGACAUGUUCUUGCAGAGGAGGUGGUGAAUCGGGUCGAUGAAGCCGCCUGGCUUGUGAUAUCCAUGGCAAAAUGGUUAAUUAGUGCUGCUAAUAGGGAUUAGAUUCUCAUUAAUUCCUUGCUAUCUUCAUCUCGCCGUAUGCGACCUUUGUUCCUCUCUGGCUUUCGCUACUGUUCUUGCUUACAAAUAAGUGUGGGGCAAGUAGGGAGAUUUCAUUUCAUUUUCAUUUUUCUUCGUAGUAGCGCACUCGGACCAGUUGUACAUUCCACCAUCUCCUAUCAAGAGAAACUCUGCUUCGUUUCGAAAUCGAAUCAGCGUUGCAACAA